AUGUCACCAAGCAACUACAACCAGUCGAGCUUGCCUCCAAUGGCUUAUGACGACCCCGACUGGCUAGAAGAAGUCUUGGCCACAGAAGCGAGACUGGAGGAGGAAGCAGGAUUGGGGACGAACCACUCAGCGAUCUUGGACUCGGCUCCGGCUGAUCCAGGAUUGGUACCAGCUGCACAGCUGUCUGACUCAACUGCCGCGACCUCAGCGAUCAUCGUCCUCUGUCCAGACAUCGCCUCCAUUCCACCCGGACGUCAACCAACCGCCAACCUGAUGUGUGGCUUUCCUGGCUGUGCUUCGGUCAACUUGUUCUCUCGCAAGGCAGAACUCCAGCGCCACAUGGAGACUCACCUCCCAGCACGGUUUCCAUGCCACGUUGCUGGCUGCGAUCGUGUUGGAGCAAAUGGAUUCAAGCGCAGGGAGCACCUUCGCAACCAUCUGAGGAAGAUUCACGGCAUCUAG